CUAGGGGUACCCCAUUUGGGGUACCCCAUUUUGUACACCAUGGAUCCUAGCCAUUCAUUUACUUUUUUAUUUUUAAUUUUUCUUCUCUCUCUUACUUUGUGUGGUGGAGAUGGAGGGGUACAAAUGGAGUACCCCAAAUGGUGUACCCCUAGCAUUUUUGUAAUAAUAAAUGUUGAAAUUUAACUUGUUUUGGUUGCACUAAGUUUGGCAGAGGGAUCCACGGUCUUAUUCGAAUCAGCUGCGUGUCUCGAGCUUUCCGCACCGAAAGAAGGAAAAAAUGGACGGCGUCGGGUCGAGAUUCGGGCGGUCUUCGUCGAGGUACAGCUCAGCGCCACCUUCGACGGUGUUCGACGGCCCCGUCAGGAAAUGGAAGAAGCAGUGGGUUAGCACUCAGCCCGCUACCCCUCGCAACAGCUGUAAUAAGGCUGGGGCCGUUAUCUUCCUCUGCCGCUGGAUUCCUCUUCCCUCCGCCACCCCCACCCACUCCAAUCGCCCUCAAAUGUCCUCUAAACGGAAGUUCCAAUAUGCACCGGAAGCAAGCAGAAGCAAAUUACAUCCAAACAAAAAAGCAAGUUGGAAUUCGCCUCAUACGAAAGAGGCCGUGGAUGUUGAGAGCACAAGGUCUUCGGUUUAACUUUAUAGGAUGAUCAACUGAUCUCUCACCAGUAUUAUAGGAAAACUAAAUGGUUAGCACCAUGUGCUUGUGUUUUUGUUGACGCCUUGUUAAAUCCCUGCGAUGUGAUAAAGGUGGUUAGUUGUUAGGAGUUGGUUAUGGUCGUUAUGCCAAUUAGCUGUAUAAAUACCCCUCCCCCCUCUCUGCAACCGGUAAUCAAGAAAUGAAAUAACAACUCUCUUUUCCUCGAUAUACUAAUUUGCACAACAACCACAACCAACUCCAAACCGCUAACCACCUAUAUCACUAUGGAG